AUGGCCGGCACGCCCAAGGAAAGGGUCCUCCUGACGGGAGGCAGUGGCUUCAUCGCCUCUCACGUCCUCGAUACACUGCUUGCCCAUGGCUUCUCGGUGGUUGUAACAGCAAGGUCGCCCGAAAAAGGCCAAGCUAUCGUCGGCUCCAUCGACGAGUCUCUGCGGCCUGAUGUCUCUUACGCUGUCUUCCAAUCCGGGACGAAAUUCGACCAUGUCGUCCACACCGCUUCUCCCUACAGCUUCAAGGUUGACGACCCGGUCAAUGACUUUCUCAAUCCCGCCAUCAAAGGCACCACCGGCAUCCUCAAGUCGAUCAGGGCACACGGCCCGUCUGUGAAGCGGGUCGUCAUCACAUCAUCUUCAGCAGCCAUCAUCAACCCGCUAAAGCACGAGAAGGUCUAUGACGAGACCAAAUGGGCCCCGUUCACUUGGGACGACGCCAUCUCCAACCCCCAAUUCGGCUACCCAGGGAGCAAGAAACUGGCCGAGCAGGCCGCCUGGGCCUUCGUCACAGACGAGAACCCCAACUUCGACCUCGCCACCAUCUGCAACACAUACACCUUUGGCCCCGUCCAGCGGCAGCUGCCAGCCCUGGGCGCCAUCAACACCUCCAACCAGCGCAUCCGCGACCUCGUCCUCGGCGGGAUGCGCGGCGGGCUCGAGCCCACCGCGCCCGUGUUCACGUGGGCCGACGUCCGCGACGUGGCGCUGGCGCACGUCAGGGCCGUCACGAGGCCCGAGGCUGGGGGCAAGCGGUUCUAUGUUGUUGCUGGGCACUUCUCCAACAAGAGGCUUGCGGAUCUCAUUCGGGACCGCCAUCCUGAGCUGGUCGAGAAGUUGCCGCCGGAGGGGGCUGGGGAUGAUUUCCCUGCGGAUGUGUAUGGGUUCGAUAAUUCGCGGUCGAGGGAGGUGUUGGGGAUUGAGUACCGGGGGCUGGAGGAGAGCGUGGAGGAUACGGUGAAGUCGAUUCUGGAGUGGCAGUCGAGGCACUGA